AUGGUAAAUGAUGUGACCCUCCCUGUACCACCCCCUCCCUACAAAACAGCUCUCAUUCUUGCGUUUGGAACAGAGAGAGCAGCGACAUCAAACUUCACAACAGCCAUCUUUCCUACGCUCACUGCAGAGCCUCCAGCCAGCAUGCAGAACUCCUCCAACGGCCAUCCCAGUCUCCCUCCAAAACCCAAACUGAUGCCAAGAAAGGAGAGAGGAGCCUCGGUGCCCACAAGGAGUCACAGAGAGAGACCAUCGAAGGAGAGCAGGGUCGCUGAGUCUUCAUCGGUGAGGUCUGAGAAAGUGCAGAAGGAGAGGCUGGAGACAAAUGAUGUGAAGAUGGAACAGGAGACUGAGGUGAAGGUGAAAACCACCGUGGUGGACAUUGACAGUGUGAGAGACAAGGAGGUUAAAGAGGAGAACCUGGGACUCCUAGAAGCAGCAGACCAGGAGGAUGGUCUGAAGCGCAAAAACCUGGGAGUGUUCGAGUGGCUGCUCAUGGUCUUUGUCUUGACUCUGGUUCUCAUCUUCUUUCCUCUUUCCAUCUGGUUCUGUGUCAAAAUUGUGAGGGAGCAUGAGAGGGCUGUGAUCUUCAGAAUGGGUCACCUGCUGCGAGGCAAACCAAAAGGACCAGGUCUUCUUUUCUAUCUUCCUUUUUUAGAUGUGUGCCACAAGGUCGACAUUAGACUGAAAAUGCUGAAGGUUCCUCUUCAUACGGUGGUGACAAAGGACCUGCAGAGGCCUGAGCUGAGUGCAGUGUGUUAUUACCAGAUAGAAAACAUUACUCUGUGCAGCUCAGCUCUGUCCAGUCUGACCACGGUGCUGCAGACUCUUGUCCAGGCGGGGGUCAGAGACAUCCUUGCCCAGCACACGAUCAGCCAUAUCCUGCUGCAUAGGAGGAGGAUCGGACAGCAGAUACAAGUGGCCGUUGACUCUGUAGCUUGCCGAUGGGGCAUCAAGGUGGAGAGAACAGAUAUAGACGAGCUCAGUUUUCCAGUGGAGUUACAGCAGAGUCUGGCUGCUGAUGCCGAGGCCAAGAGGCAUCAACAAGCCAGGGUAAAAGCAUUAGAAGGGGACAGAGAUGCCUGGGAGGGCUUCAGGUCCUCCCUACGUCUCCUCCAACCAGCCCUGGUACUUCCACUCCCUUCAGACCUCCUCAACAUGAGCCCUGACCUCUCGGCCUUACCGCCCCCUCCUCCCCCAGCAAUGGAAGAUGAAGCACGGAUGGCAGAGCAGGAAUCGGAGACAGACUCACCAAUGAUGUGA